CAAGUCAACAGAUCCCCGCGGAAAAACUGACAAUUUCCCUCCUGUUCCCCGAAGCAAACUCCGAGCAAGUCGGCAAGGAGGCAACGAUGGUUCGCGGCGGCGGCGGCGGCGGCUUGCUCGACCUGGAGCGGCACUUCGCCUUCUAUGGCGCGUACCACAGCAACCCAGUAAACGUGUUCAUCCACGCGCUCUUCGUCUGGCCCAUCUUCCUCACGGCCCUCCUGCUCCUCCACCUCACCGCUCCGUUCCUGCACUCCGCCGCGGUCGGCGCCGCGAUCUACGGGGCCUUCUACAUUUCCCUCGACCGCCGCUCCGGCACCCUCGCUGCUGUUCUCUGCUUGCUCUGCUGGGCUGCCAGCGCCGCCCUCGCCGCCCGCCUCGGCUACUCCGUCGGAUGCAAGGUGGUACUGAUAGCUCAGCUGUUUUGCUGGACUAUGCAAUUCAUUGGCCAUGGAGUUUUUGAGAAGCGAGCGCCUGCUCUACUUGACAAUCUUGUCCAGGCUUUCUUGAUGGCCCCAUACUUUGUGCUUCUAGAGAUUCUUCAUAAGUUUUCUGGGUAUGAACCAUAUCCUGGCUUUCAUGCCAAUGUACAAAAGCUGAUUGACGCUAAACGCAAGGAGUGGGAGGAUAAGAAAGCAAAGAAAAGGACCUGAAAUGUGACCAAGAACUCCUGAUGCUAUGUCUGUCGUGUAACAGUAUAAGAUAAACUUAAUUGUAGAGAUGUGACAAACAACUCCUACUCCUGAUCCACCAUGUUUGUUGUUGCGUUGAUGUUGUGAAGAUAAAUUUGAACAAUAGAUUAAAUAUUGUCUAGAUAUGUGAACAGCUCUUGAUGCUGCAUUGCUAUAUUUGUUGGACUCUGUAUAACAGUAUGAAACGAGAUCCACCAUGUUUGUUGUUGA